AUGAUUUUCGCGGCGACGAUUGGAAGUGACUCAACCUUCCGUGACAGACCACCAGAAGCCUACCUCUCGCGCCCGACAGCGAUCACUUCAUACAGCAUGGCGGACCUCACAAAGGAGCAGAAGCUCAAGCUCAUCACGCGAAACCUCGCCGAGGCCCUCGAUGUCGAUAUCCUCGAGAAGGUCUACGAUGAGGGUCGCGAGCCCAACAUUUACUGGGGCACCGCCACAACUGGUCGGCCUCAUACUGGCUACUUCGUUGCUGCCCUUAAGCUGGCAGACUUCCUCCGCGCCGGCGCCAGUGUGACUGUCCUGCUUGCCGACAUCCACGGCUUCCUUGACAAUCUGAAAGCCCCCAUUGAGAUCGUGCAGUACCGUGCCGAAUACUACCGCUUCACGAUCACGUCUAUGCUCAAGGCUGUUGGCGUCGACACCUCCAAGUUGCGCUUUGUCCUUGGCAGCGAGUACCAAAAGUCCUCUGAUUACGUCAUGGACCUUUUCAAGCUCAGUUCCAUUACUUCUGAGCACGAUGCCCGGAAAGCCGGCGCCGAGGUUGUCAAGCAGACCUCCAAUGCUCCUCUUGUGUUGGACGAGCAGUACCUUGGGGCUGACUGCCAGUUUGGCGGUGUCGACCAAAGGAAGCUUUUCACGGCCGCGAAGGCUUGGCUGCCAAAGCUGGGCUACAAGGAGCGCGCACACCUGAUGAACCCCAUGGUGCCGGGUCUUCAGGGUGGCAAGAUGAGCUCUAGCGAGGCCGACUCCAAGAUCGACCUUCUUGACAGUCCUGACGUCGUGACGAAGAAGCUUCGCAAGGCUGAGGCGGUUCCCAAGAUUCCUGAGAACAACGGCGUUCUCUCCUUCACCGAGUUCGUCCUUCUUCCCGCGAGCGAACUCAGGUCCGGCAAGGCCGAGUUCGUGGUUGACCGCAGCCGCGACAACCUUGAGCCGCUGGUGUACAAUGACAUUGCCAAGAUGCACGAGGACUACAAGAACGACAUCCUGAGCCCCCAGAUCCUGAAGCCGGCCGUUACCAAGGCGCUUCUUGAGCUGAUGGAGCCGAUUGUCAAGGACUUUGAGUCGUCGAAAGAGUGGCAGGAGGUCAUGCUCAAGGCCUACCCUCCGGAAGAGAAGGCCAAGAAGGUCAAGAAGGUCAAGGACAAGGGCUCUCGUCACCCUGGCACUGGGCCCGCUGGGGCGGAGAAAGCGGAGGGCAAGAACGAGAAGCCUGUCGAGGAGCAGACUGGCAUUUCGACACUCGAAAUUGCCAACCACCCGCCGGCGCCGUAA